AACGAUAUACGUAGGAUGGAUAACCCAACCAUUGGAUCACUUCAAUCACCGAGACAAUCGGACCUGGUCCAUGGAAUCGGUCCAAUUUUAAUAAUGGUGGGUGGCGAAUGGGAAAUUUCUACUAGUUUCCUUGAGACCGGCCUCAUGUUUGAUUUGGGUGUAGCACAUGGCGCCCUUAUGUUUUAUACUGAACAUCGUUAUUACGGAGCGAGUAGACCCACAAAGGAUACUAGUCCCGAAAAUAUGCAAUAUCUGAAUUUGGAACAAGCGAUGGCUGACCUAGCUUAUUUUAUUGAGACAAAAAAACGAGAAUUCGGAAUAGAAAAAUGUUCAGUAGUCGUUUUCGGUGGUUCCUAUGCAGGAAGUAUGGCGGCCUGGGCGAGAUUAAAAUAUCCUCACCUUAUACAGGGGGCGGUAGCUAGCAGUGCUCCAGUUUACGCAAAAGCAGAUUUUUAUGAAUAUUACGAGGUCGUUACUCAGUCACUCUACGCAUACAAUCCGCAAUGUGUCGUCGACAUUCAAGAAGCCUUCAGAUCCGUUGAAGAGUUACUCGCAGUUGAAGAUGGUCAUGGGAAAUUAAAAGAAUAUUUCAAUCUUUGCGCUGCACCCGAUGUCACUGACCCCGAUGACCUAGCCUAUUUUAUGAAUCUUCUCGCUGAAAAAUUUGCUGGUGUUGUCCAAUCCGACAGAAUCUACCAAGGCAAAACCUCUAUCAGCAGAUACUGUGACAUAAUGACGGCCACUUAUCUUGGAUCUCCACUUCAGAGACUGGCGCUUUUAAUAUACGACGAAAAUGUUUGUCUCGAUGCGAAUUACAAUAAUAUGAUUACAGCAUAUAGAAAUAAAUCAUGGGAAUCGGCAGCAGCAACGAGUAUGAUGAGACAGUGGUUAUUUCAGGCCUGCACCGAGUAUGGAUAUUGUCAGACUUCAAAUUCCGAUAAAUCUGUUUUUGGAACCUUAUUUCCAUUAGAAUUCUUUGUGAAUCUUUGCAAAAAUCUCUAUGGCGAUUACUACAACGAAGAUCUUAUGAACGCUGGAAUUAAAAGGACAAAUAUUAUGUACGGUGGAUUUAAACCGGACGUGACGAAUGUCGUCUUUACUAAUGGAGAUGUAGAUCCUUGGUACGCGCUUUCUGUUAUCGAGGAUCUGAAUGAUUUGUCACCCGCUAUACUCAUCAAAGGAUCGUCACACUGUCGUGACCUCUUCAGUGACGAUUCGACAGAUUCUAAAGACUUACUCAAUGCACGUGCAAAAGUCAAACAGUUGGUUGGCAAUUGGCUUAAUUCGUGAAAAGAUUACAUCACUUUAAUCUAUAUAUUUCAUAAAAAUCUCUUCUAUUAUCUACUGUCAUUAUACUAUUUAUAAAAUGCCAAUGUUUAACAAAUUUAUACUAAAAUUCCUCUCCGAUAAAAAAUGUCAGUGCUUAUCAA